AUGGAGAAUGAAACUUUCAGUGAAAAAGUCGAGGCGUAUUUUUCCGAGCUAGGGCGAUGGAAAAUCUGGCGCAGUAUAGGACUAGGUCAAAUAUUGUCAAUGCUAUUGAGUGCGAAAUGUAUUUUUACGACCCUUCUACAAAGUGCAACCUGGCAGUUUCCGACCACAGCCCAGCUCGUUAUUCCAUAUUUAACGCUGUUUAUUUUAUUCAUGCCGACAAUAAUUUGUAAUGGCAUUAAUAAACUAUCCAAGAAAUGGUGGAUAGUUCUACUAGCCUGUGUCCUUGAUGUGGAAGCUAAUUGGCUACUGGUGUUGUCUCAGAGAUUCACAUCUGUACUGAGCUGA